GAGGGUUUUUCUUGCACAAAAAGGGGCAGUGUAGCUAUAGCCAUGAGUUCUGCACAAGCUUCACACUGACUCCUUACAUGCACAGUUCUGGGAGCUGAUCAGCACAGGAUGGUGGAUUCUUGGGUCCAUGUGAUGUCCCAGGGAACCUCCCCACCAGCUCAGAGGCUAAUGCCAGAGCCAGAGUGUGGGACAUUUCUCACCAAAGCCUCCAGGGCUGUGAUGUCUCCCAUUGGCUCUUGCCUAUCCAUAAAACAGCUGCUCCCGGGAGGGGAACAACCAGUUACUACUGGAGGCAGGCCCAAGCUCACAGAAUCUAAACUGAUCCUAUUCCCCAGCUCAGAAGGAGCCAUGGCCGCAGCAAGCCCCAUGGAAAGUCUUCAGGAGGAAGUGACAUGUUCUCUUUGCCUGGAUUAUUUCAAGGACCCCGUGAUCACAGCCUGCGGGCACAAUUUCUGUCGUGCCUGCCUCAUACGAUGCUGGGAGGGACCUGGCCCAGCCAUCCCCUGCCCGCAAUGCAGAGCAGCUGUGCAGCAGAGACACACCUGGCCCAACAGGCAGCUGGCAAACAUGGUGUCAAUAGUCCAGCAGCUGAGUCUGCAGGCAAUUCAGGGAGCAAAGGGGGGUAGGGUAUGCAGGGCACACCAGGAGCCGCUGAAGCUGUUCUGUGAGGAGGAUCAAGCCCCCAUCUGUAUGGUCUGCGACAGGUCCUGGGUGCAUCGUGUGCACACGGUGGUUCCUUUGGAGGAAGCUGCCCAGAAGUACAAGGGGAAAAUCCAGGCCCAUUUGAAGACUCUGAGGAAAGCGAGAGAAAAGCUGCUGGGAUGGAAAGUGACCAGAGAGGGGAGAAGCCAGGAGUAUCUGAAACAGAUACAAGCCGAGAGGCAGAAGAUUGUGGCCGAGUUUCAGCAGCUGCGGCAGUUCCUGGAGGAACAAGAGCGACUCCUGCUGGCCCAGCUGGAGAAGCUGGACAAGGAGAUUGGGAGGCUCCAGACUGACACUGUCAGGAAACUCUCUGUACAGAUUUCCCAUCUCAGUGAGCGGAUUGGUGAGCUGGAGGGGACGUGUCAGAAGCCAGCGAGUGAAUUUCUGCAGGAUGUCAGAAGCACCUUGAGCAGGUGUGAGACGGGGCCGUUCCAGCUGCCAGAGGAGAUUUCUCCUGAACUGGACGAGCGAGUCAGGGGUUUCUCCCAGAAAACGACUGCUCUGUCGGAGACUCUGAGGCAGUUCACAGACACGCUGCCCUCUGCACUGGAGAGAGCCAGAGGACAGUUCCUGGGAGCUUUUAGACAAGCGAUUGUGACUCUGGAUCCAGACACGGCUCAUCCUGACCUCGUCCUGUCUGGGGAUCAGAAAUGUGUGAGAUGGGAACGUGCACGGCAGCGACUGCCCAGCACCCCGGAGAGAUUUGACUCUGUGUCCUGUGUGCUGGGUCGUGAGGGAUUCACCUCGGGGAGACAUUGUUGGGAGGUGGAGGUGGGGCAUGGGGAAUGCUGGGCCUUGGGGGUGGCUAGUGAGUCUGUGAGCAGGAAGGGAGGAAUCAGCCGUAGCCCUGAGGGGGGUAUCUGGGCUGUGCAGCAGUGGGGUGGUCAGUUCUGGGCUCUCACCUCCCCUGUGACCCGCCUGUAUCUGAGCCUCCCACACAGGAUCCGGGUUUGUCUGGACUGUGACCAGCGGCAGGUGACAUUUAUCGAUCCUGGUACUGAAGCCCUGAUCUUCUCUUUCCCACCUGGCUCCCUUCCUCGGGAGAGAAUCCGACCCUGGCUCCGGGUGUGGCCAGAAUCCCAGCUCAGCCUGCGCCCCUGAAAUCAGUCUCUCUGGUCUCACACACCUCAGACUCUGUGACCUCAUAGGAGUCCUCUGUACCCAGCUCCUGGCUUUUCAUCUCUAUGGCUCUCUCUACCUGUAGCCUUUUUCUGCAAAAACAUGCAAAUGAGGCUAAGUGUGGAAUAUUGCUGAGCCUCAUUUGCAUAAGUAAUGAGCGCCCGUUUUUGCACAAGAGGCUUUUACGCAAAAACGAGCAGUGUAGACGGGCUCCAUUUUUCAGGAAGAAUGGCUCUUGCACAAGAAGGGGGUUUGCGCAACAAGGAGCCGUCUGCACUGCUCGUUCUUGCGCAAAAGCCUUUUGUGCAAAAACUGCUGCUUGUUACUUUUUCCAUCCCUGAAGGGAGUGAGUUUGGUCUUGUGCUCAAUACUGAGGUCAGGAGUGCUUGUUCAGACGAGUGCCAUGGAGAUUCAUAUUUAAACAUGAGUCUUGUUACUUCUGUACAAAUAACUUUUGAAUAAAUGUUCUUUGUUUCUAUUGCAUAUGAAACACACCUUUCAGCCCGUCUCCUAAGUCUAGCAAUUGAUACCAGCAAUAUGAGUGUCAUUUCUAUGGAGACGUGCUCUGACAAUACUGUCUGGCUGCAUUGCAUCAAUUGGACAGACUCUAACACCUGCCCCAGGUGGCUGUCGCGUGGUCAGGCCCUUUUACUCUCUGCAGCUCACUUAUUUCUCUGCAGGUGGUUUUUUCCAGUUGGUGCUCACAUCUUUUUAGACAUAGGAGAAUCCACAUGAAAGAAAUCCUUCAGCUGCCCUGACUGUGGGAAAAGCUUCAUUUAGAUUGGGGUUCCCAACCUUUUUCAGUCCCCGUGCCCCCUUGGCUUUUAGUAAACCUUCCCAUGCCCCUUACUCAAUAUGAAAGGAAAUAAAUUCUAGAGUUUACCAUGCAUAUGCACAUAAAUUAGAUAAAACAAAAUACAGGACUAUGUAGUGCUACAUAGUCCUGUAUUUUGUUUCAGCUACACCAGACUAACACGGCUACAUUUCUAUCAUAAAUUAGAUAAACAGCCCUGGCUGCUGCCGGCAGAAGGGUUACAAGUCUAACGCUCGCCCCACCGAGCUACUGUGGCACCAGCACCCCUUGUUCUGAGGCUGCCACUUCUCUCUCAGGGCAUUUUCUCAGCAGCACCACCAGAGAGAAGCUGCUGCCAGUGGCUCUGCAGGACGAGAUGAGCUUUGCCUUCCCCCCUCAACCCAACUCCCUACAUGGCCCCAUUUCCUGCCUCCCUUCCCGGGCUGACCCAGUGGCUGAAAGGGGCUGCAGUGUUGAUGGCAGGAAGAAGAUGGGUGGUGAGACCCUGGCAGCAAGAGAGUCCAACCGUCUCUUUGCUGCUUGGGCCUGGCUCUCAGCAUGGGACAGGCAUGGUUAUCCUGAGAGGUGAAGCAGCAGAAGGAAAGCAAGGAGCAGAGUGUUAGCUUCCAAUUUGCAUAUCUUCUGAUCCCUUUUGUAGAGCUGUUUUUGUGGGGAGAAUAAGCAGUGUAGAUGGGGGCUUUCAAGCCAAAAAAACUUUUUCAAAAGAACCCUGUACACCUCAUUUUUUUAGGAAGAAGGGUUCUUUCAAAACAGGGGUUUUCCCCCGCAAAAGAACCAUGUUUAGACUGUGGUGUUUGUUUGUUUGUUUAAAAAAACAAAACAAAAACAAAAAACUCUUAGGAAAAUGGCAUUGAAAGAAUUUGCCAUAUUGUGCCAAAUUUGCAUAUCUUCUUUCAAAGGCCAAGGAUGAUCUAGACGUGCCCUGAGAAUAACAGAUGUCCCUCUGCCUCCUGGGUCCACCUGUUUUUGAGGCUAUGUCUAGACUGCAGGCUUCUUUCGGAAGAAAGCUCUUCCAGAAAAGCUCAUUUUGAAAGAGAGCGUUCACACAGUGAAAGUGUAUCCAGAAAGCCAUAUGCUUUUUUGAAAGAUAGAAUGCAUCAAUGUGGAUGCUAUCUCACAUUUCAGUUAUGAUUACUAUGCACAGAGUGGCAGAAGCCUCUUCUUUUGAAAAAACUUCCUCUUCUGAGUCCACACGUGCCUUUUCCCAAAAACGCUGUUUUGGAAAAAGGCUUCCUCAUAGAAGAGGUUUACCGCCAUCAGAUGACCCUUCUGGUCUUUUGACUUUCAGUGGCCCCUCUGCCAGAGAUCUAGCAUGGACGUGCUCUGUGACUUUGGAACCCCAGGAAGCAUGGGGGAGUAGUGACCUUCAGUGGCCCUAGGGAGGAGAGAUUUUGAAAUAGCAGCAGUGGGGCGUCCACACUACGGCUAUUUAGCAUCACUUAUGGCUCGGGUUUGUCUCUUCAGCAUGCUGCAGAGAAAGCCCUUGUGUGUUAAAGGGCCUCAGGAAUCCCAGAGCAGAGGGAGCUGGGAUUCUAGUCCUAUUGACCCCCUCAACACACACACACGGUCCCACCCCCAAGCCUUCCCUCACAUCCUUAAUCCUGUGCCCUGACUUCUCUACCCUCCCACAUCCUUACGCCUGCCCUGAUCCCCCCACCACACUCACAUGCUCCCCAGAUCCCUGAGCCUCUAACACUCCAGUCCACAUUUUCUUACAGGUACUGUCCUAUUACAACCCCUCCCCCAACUUCUUGCCUUGAGCCUUCCCCCACCUGAAGGGUGGUGCUCAAUAGAACAGUCCCUGUAAGAAAUGUGUCACUUUCACCCCUGGGAGCAGCUCAGCGAUGCAAAGGGGCUGCCUGGGGCAGGACAUUAGCCCUGGAGGGCAGGGGUGGGUGUGGCAGUGACAUCACAAGGGCCUUUUGCAUCCCCUCAGCUUAUUGGCUAAAGGAGGUUGGGAGGUGAUGACAUAACAGAGAGUCCAUGACAAUG